AUGGAUAAGUUAGUGCGAAUUAAAGAACAGUCAAUUAAAAGGCUGGAAAAGGACAUUCAGAUGUAUGAAAACGAGCUAGUUGCAAUUCAAGGAGAAAAGGAGAAGGAAGAAUCUUCUGGAAAUGACUACUAUGCUCUCAGAACAAUAGAGCAAAGAUCAGAAGAGACCAGGAAAGCACUCGAAAGCACACAGACCAUUCUCAAAAAAACCAAAGCAGAACUGGAUCGCAUGAAUAAUGAGUAGGAGUGUGUGCAGCAGUGCUUGCUGUUUCGGAAGAUAAUUGACUGUAUACUGAUAAAUAAUAAAG